GUUCCGUCCCACGCAUGCCUAGCAACAUCACAAUUCCUCCCUCCAUUUCCUUUCCCGCAACACCACUAAUAUAUCCAAGCAUUCAACAACACUGCAAGCAUCACUUUCUCUCUGAAACUCUGGUUCCAUUCCGUGUCUUUCUCUCUGAAACUCUGGUCUAAACUCUUAACACAGCGGGAGAGACCUCAAAAACUCUGAAAUGGAACAUUAAGAAAUACAGGCAGUUCAUUGGCUGACACCAAAAGGGGUGAUUUUUAUUUUUUGGCUUAUAAAAUGUGGGGUUUGGUGCAAUUUUCAGAGCAUUGUUUUCUUGCAUUGUAAGCCAAAGCAGGAGUUGAAAAGUAAGCAGGAAAGGAAAGCUAAUGGAAGACCUGUGGACGUUGUUUUGUGGGGAAUCUGUCAACUCGGAUACAAGUGGAAAGCCAUCUGGUUCUAGCUUGGUAUUUCAACCAACUUCAUGUAUCAAUCACGCGCUGAUCAUUUGCUUCGAUGUUUUGCUUCUAAUCGUGCUCUUAUGCACUUUCAUGCGAAUAUCUUCAGCAUCUUCAAAAAUAUAUAAAAUAACACCUCGAUUUAGAGGCUAUUCGAGUCUGCAGAUAGUCUCUGUUAUACUCAAUGGUGGUAUCGGAUUUGUGUACUUGUGCUUGGGCACAUGGAUUUUGGAAGAGAAGUUGAGGAAAAACCAGACUGCCUUACCAUUGAGAAGUUGGUUAGUGGUGCUGUUUCAGGGAUUUACAUGGCUUUUGGUGGGUUUGACCAUAAGCCUUCGAGGGAAGCAUCUUCAAAGAACGCCAUUGCGGCUAUUGUCCAUUCUAGCUUCCUUGCUUGCUGGUAUUGUCUGUGCUUUGUCCAUAUACAGCGCCAUUUUAGGUGAAGGAAUGUUGGUUAAGAUAGCUUUGGAUGUCCUCUCCUUUCCAGGAGCAAUAUUGUUAUUGUUAUGUGUUUACAAGGUUUAUAAACACGAAGGGAAUGAAGAAAGGGACCUGUAUGCUCCAUUGAAUGGUGAGGCCAAUGGUGUAAGUAAAAUCAAUUCCGUUAACCAAGUUACUCCAUUUGCUAAAGCAGGAUUCUUCAAUAAAAUGUCAUUUUGGUGGUUGAAUCCACUGAUGAGAAAGGGUAAGGAGAAAACUCUAGAGGAUGAGGAUAUACCAAAGUUGCGAGAGGCAGAACGAGCAGAAAGCUGUUAUAUGGAGUUUUUGGAGCAACUGAACAAACAAAAACAAGCUGAAUCAUCUCAGCCAUCUCUCUUGUGGACAAUUGUAUUUUGCCACUGGAAAGACAUUGUAAUUUCAGGAUUCUUUGCCAUGCUAAAGAUACUUACUUUGUCAGCCGGGCCUCUGCUUCUGAAUGCCUUCAUUUUGGUUGCUGAAGGAAAAGCAGGUUUUAAAUAUGAAGGUUAUGUACUGGUUCUGACGCUCUUCUUUUCAAAGAGCUUAGAGUCCUUAUCACAAAGGCAAUGGUAUUUUAGGAGCAGGCUUGUUGGUUUAAAAGUCAGGUCCUUGCUCACGGCUGCAAUAUAUAAGAAGCAACAGAGGUUAUCCAAUGUUGGUAGGUUGAUGCACUCGGGUGGUGAGAUCAUGAACUAUGUUACUGUGGAUGCUUACAGGAUAGGCGAGUUUCCCUUCUGGUUUCAUCAGACAUGGACAACAAGCUUUCAGCUUUGUCUCUCUCUUGCAAUUCUUUUCCGUGCAGUGGGGCUAGCAACACUUGCUGCCUUAGUGGUUAUAAUAAUUACUGUGCUAUGCAACACUCCACUUGCAAAGUUACAGCAUAAGUUUCAGUCUAAGCUUAUGGUGGCACAAGAUGCGAGAUUGAAGGCUUGUAAUGAGGCUCUGGUUAACAUGAAGGUAUUGAAAUUAUAUGCUUGGGAAACGCAUUUUAAGAAUGCCAUAGAAAAUUUGAGAAAUGUAGAGUAUAAAUGGUUGUCAGCAGUGCAAACGCGCAAAGCAUAUAAUGGUUUUCUCUUCUGGUCUUCUCCUGUUUUGGUCUCUACUGCUACCUUUGGAGCAUGCUAUUUCCUGAAAAUUCCUCUGCAUGCUAAUAAUGUUUUCACUUUUGUGGCGACUUUGCGUCUUGUUCAAGACCCAAUUAGAUCAAUCCCUGAUGUUAUUGGAGUGGUUAUUCAAGCAAAGGUAGCUUUUGCACGUAUUGUGAAGUUUCUUGAAGCGCCAGAGUUGCAGAAUGGAAAUGUUCGGCACAAGCGCAACAUGGGGAGUGUGGACCAUGCUGUUUUAAUCAAGUCAGCUAAUUUUUCAUGGGAAGAGAAUUCUUCAAAGCCUACAUUGAGAAAUGUGAGUUUUGGAAUUCGGCCUGGUGAAAAGGUGGCCAUAUGUGGAGAAGUUGGCUCUGGCAAGUCAACCCUUUUAGCAGCAAUUCUUGGAGAAGUUCCACAUACACAGGGAACUAUACAGGUUUGUGGUAGGAUUGCCUAUGUUUCGCAAACAGCUUGGAUCCAGACGGGAUCGAUACAAGAGAACAUUUUAUUCGGUUUGGAAAUGGAUAGGCAACGAUACCAUGACACACUUGAGCGAUGCUCUUUGGUAAAGGACCUUGAGUUGCUUCCUUAUGGUGAUCUUACUGAAAUAGGUGAAAGAGGAGUCAAUUUGAGUGGUGGUCAAAAGCAGCGAAUUCAACUUGCCCGGGCUCUCUAUCAGAAUGCAGAUAUAUAUCUCUUGGAUGAUCCAUUCAGCGCUGUGGAUGCACACACAGCUACAAGUUUAUUCAAUGAAUAUAUCAUGGGAGCACUUUCAAGGAAAAUAGUCUUGCUUGUGACUCAUCAAGUUGAUUUCCUGCCAGCAUUUGACUCUGUUAUGUUGAUGUCGGAUGGAGAAAUCCUACAAGCCGCUCCUUAUCAUCAGUUAUUGUCGUCAAGCCAAGAAUUUCUAGACCUUGUCAAUGCACACAAAGAAACAGCUGGGUCUGAAAGGCAUACCGAGGUUGAUGCUCCGCAGAGACAGGGAUCAUCUGUUAGGGAGAUCAAGAAGAGUUAUGUAGAGGGUCAGAUUAAAACCUCUCAAGGAGAUCAACUGAUUAAGCAGGAAGAAAAGGAAGUCGGAGACACAGGGUUUAAGCCUUAUGUGCAGUAUCUAAAUCAAAACAAAGGAUACUUGUACUUCUCCAUCGCUGCUUUCAGUCACCUGUUGUUUGUCAUUGGUCAGAUAACACAGAACUCUUGGAUGGCAGCUAAUGUUGAUGAUCCUCAUGUCAGCACAUUGCGUUUAAUUACGGUCUAUCUGUGUAUUGGAGUUACCUCAACACUUUUCUUGCUAUGUAGAUCAAUCUCUAUAGUUGUUUUGGGUCUUCAAUCAUCGAAGUCAUUAUUUUCCCAGUUACUAAAUUCUCUUUUUCGUGCACCCAUGUCUUUCUAUGACUCCACACCUCUUGGAAGAAUACUGAGUCGGGUCACGUCAGAUUUGAGCAUUGUCGAUCUUGAUGUUCCAUUCACUUUGAUCUUUGCCGUUGGUGCAACCACAAAUGCUUAUAGUAACCUGGGAGUACUGGCUGUUGUGACCUGGCAAGUCCUGUUUGUCUCCAUACCAAUGGUUUAUUUGGCUAUUCGCUUACAGGCAUAUUACUUUGCCUCUGCUAAGGAAUUGAUGCGGAUCAAUGGCACAACCAAGUCUUUAGUGUCAAAUCAUCUGGCUGAAUCUGUAGCAGGAGCCAUGACAAUAAGGGCCUUUGAGGAGGAAGAACGUUUCUUCGCAAAAACCCUUAACCUCAUUGACAUAAAUGCUAGUCCUUUCUUCCACAAUUUUGCUGCAAAUGAGUGGUUGAUUCAACGGCUUGAAAUAUUUAGUGCAACUGUUCUUGCCUCUGCAGCACUCUGUAUGGUUUUACUACCUCCUGGAACUUUUAACUCUGGAUUUAUUGGAAUGGCACUUUCUUAUGGACUUUCAUUAAAUAUGUCGCUGGUGUUUUCGAUUCAAAAUCAGUGCACAUUAGCAAAUUACAUCAUUUCUGUUGAAAGGCUUAAUCAAUACAUGCACAUACCAAGUGAAGCCCCUGAGGUGAUUAAAGAUAACCGACCUCCAUCGAAUUGGCCGGAAAAGGGUAAAGUCGAUAUUUGUGAUUUGCAGAUUAGAUACCGGCCUAACGCACCACUAGUUCUUCGAGGAAUCAGCUGCACAUUUGAAGGAGGGCACAAGAUUGGAAUUGUUGGUCGAACCGGCAGUGGGAAGACUACACUUAUAGGUGCUCUAUUUCGACUUGUAGAACCAGCUGGAGGAAAGAUCAUCGUAGAUGAAAUUGACAUCUCUAAGAUUGGACUUCAUGAUCUGCGGUCACGACUCGGAAUAAUACCUCAAGAUCCUACUCUCUUUAACGGGACUGUGAGAUACAAUUUGGACCCCUUAUCCCAGCAUACUGACCAGGAAAUAUGGGAGGUUCUUGGAAAGUGUCAGCUUCGAGAGGCUGUACAGGAGAAAGAGCAGGGUCUAGACUCUUUAGUUGUGGAAGAUGGAUUGAAUUGGAGCAUGGGGCAGAGACAAUUAUUUUGCUUGGGCCGUGCCCUUUUGAGGAGGAGUAGGGUACUGGUGCUUGAUGAAGCAACCGCAUCAAUUGAUAAUGCAACUGACUUGGUUUUGCAAAAGACUAUUCGGACUGAAUUUUCAGAUUGCACUGUAAUCACAGUAGCUCACAGGAUACCAACAGUGAUGGAUUGCACAAUGGUACUUUCCAUUAGCGAUGGAAAACUAGUCGAGUACGACGAGCCGGAGAAGUUAAUGAAGACGGAAGGUUCACUUUUUGGACAACUUGUGAAGGAGUACUGGUCUCAUUUACACGCUGCAGAAUCGCAUUGAAGCUGAAUAUUAUUUAUCGUGUAUCCCAAUUCUCAUUUCACCUUAGCUUGGCAGCAAAGAAAAGGAUGCCAGGACCAGGUAGUAAGUAUGAUGUAUGAUAUUGCAACAAUACUAUAGGGCUAGGGAGGAGAAAUGGAGAAGAGGAAUAUCAGUUCCUAUCUUUAGUUUUGCACUUGUAUUCAAACAUCAAGCUUGCUAAUAUCUACUGGGAAAUUGACUUGUAACCAGGAUGAUGGAUGCAUGUAAAUCAGUGGAUGCAAAUUAUUUUAAUAGCAAUAAUUUUUUUUUGGCAA